AUGAUGAUGCAGGAACUCAUGCUGGACCCGUCCAACCAUCCUUCGCUGGACAACACGUCCAACAACACCACGAAUACGCGCCAUCCCCCAACGUCGCUCGUGUCAUCCUCUUCCGCCGCGGACGUGACCAUGCUCCAACACGGCAAGUGCAUCCGAGCCCACGCUACCGAAGUCAACUCGGUGUGCUUUAGCGGCAGUGGCAAGGUGGCGUUCACAGCCAGCAGCGACGGCACCGUGCGCGCGUGGGACUCGUUCACGUGCCAGGCCAAAGCAGAUUACCGCGGCCUCGGCAUGUCCCAGCCGCUCAUUUGCGUCCGCGUGUCCGAGGACGGCGAGCUCGUGCUAGGCACAGGGUGCGACCGCAUCUGUCAAGUAUGGCGCGUGGGCACGGGUCGCAUUGCACAUACGCUGCUCGGCCACAAGGGCAAAGUGUAUGCUGCCGAGUUCAUGCUGGAUGGGUCGCCCGAAGUGCUGACUGGCGGCGCCGACCGCAGCAUUCGGGUGUGGGACGUCUCCAAUGGCCGCAACCUCAAGACGUUUAGUUGUCGGUCCACGUGCAAUGAUUUGGCGGUGGCCACAGGAGGACUUAUCGCCAGUGCCCAUCAAGACGGCGCCGUGCGGUUUUGGGAUGCACGUACCAAGGCGCCUGUGUUUGAAUGGACCGAUUUACACACGGACCAAGUCACGUCCGUGUCGUUCUCCAAGGACGGCACAAAACUUCUCACCAACUCGCGUGACAACUCGCUGCAGUUGGUCGACACGCGGAUGCUCGACCCAACAACUCACCACACCGUGCUGGGGCAAUACAAAUCUCCUGCUUAUACUUGUGGGUUCAACUGGAGCAAGGCAUCCAUCACCCCCGACGGACAGUUUAUUGCCGCCGGGAGCUCGUCGGGAUCGGUGCUGAUUUGGGAUGCCAUCACGACGGGCGUGUGGCGGGAGAAUAAGGAUACGCACACGGGCGCCGUCGUCGGGUGCACGUGGAGCCCCACCGGUCACAUGCUUGCGUCAUGCGACAAAAACGGGUGCUUGGUGCUGUGGAAAUAA